GCGAGGAGGAGCGCGCGCCGGCGGCGGGGCGGGCGCUGAACACGCGGGCCAUGCGGGAGAUGUACCGCAGCUACGUGGAGAUGCUCGUCAGCACCGCCCUCGACCCCGACAUGAUCCAGGCCCUGGAGGACACCAACGACGAGCUGUACCUGCCCCCCAUGCGCAAAAUCGACGGCAUCCUCAACGACCACAAGAAAAAAGUGCUCAAGAGAGUGACCCUGCACCCCACCCUGCAGGAGGCCCUGCACACCUUCCCCCAGCUGCACGCCGAGCCGGGGGAGUCUCUGGUGAAACUGCGCCCGGGGGGGGACCCCUAUAACAGAAAAACCCUCAGCAAGGUCAAGAGGAGCGUGGGCAAACCACAGCAAGGUCAAGAGGAGCGUGGGCAAACCACAG